AUGCUGCUCAAUUCCAAGGAGACCCUGUUGCUUCUACCCGUGCACCGUACUGCAGGACCUGAGAAUGACACACCGGCUACUCCGGUAUCGGUGGGUGCGUCCCCGUCCACGGUUACUGCCAGAUUCAGCAUGCUACAGAUCCGUCACUCGCUUCAGCGGUGCCCCGCGGUGCAGAGGUCUUCUGUUGAUUCACCAUCCUCUGAUGCUGAGGCCAAUACCUUGGCCUUCCCCGCGAUGCGCCGAAGUCAACAGCCCGCAAUGCAGCCACCCGACUCUCCACCCCUACUAGAUUCAGUAGCCUUCCCUGGCGAUCGCCUGUCCCAGCGGGCCCCACCCCGGUCCACCGGGUCCCCCUCGCUGCGCGCCAACCCGGCCGCCUCGCGCGGAUUCGAUCGCUUCCGCCCCGACCACAGUAAUUCCACCGGAUCCCCGCCCGACCUCUGGUCCUUCGGGCCCCCUGACCGUGCUGGCUCAUACCGCGCGGCACUGUGCUCACACAGCCAUCUGACGAAUCGCAGAAGUUACACUCGGUGCCCCCUGGGCGGCUCUGAAAGCGGAGCCCGCGCCGCUCACGCCUUCCGGCGCCGCUUGAUCCUCCCUCUCUGCCCCUGA